GGGUGGAGCACAUGAAAAGUAGAGUGGCAGCGCAAUAAAUGAAUGAAUAGACAAAAGACGAGAGUGUAUUGUCGUUUCUUCGUCUCUCGUCCCUCAAGUAGUGCUCCACGACUCCCCUUUUCUCCAAUUCAAUUUCUCCUCUCCUUUCCGUGCUACACAUAGUGGCCUUUCCUCCUUUGAUCAGUAAAAUGGCGGAAUCGUCGCGGAAGCGCCGUAAAAUCGACCCGGAUUCCCGCGCCCGAAUCCCCUCGGAAACGGGUCCCACCCGGUGGCGGACCCAGGCGGAGCAGCUCACCUAUUCGUCCAAGCUCGUCGACGCCCUCCGCAGCCCCAAUUCCGCCUCCGUCCGCGCCGCCGCUGACCGAGUCCUCGCCGUGUCCGCCCGGGGCAAGACGCGGUGGAGCAGAGCCAUCCUCACAAACCGCCUCAGCCUCCGCCUCGCUCACAUCCACAAGAAGGCGCCCAAGCCCAAGCCCGCCGCCGGAAAAUCCCGCUCCACGAAGAAGAAACUGGCGCCGGUGCAGAAGAAAGUGAAGGUGUUGAGCCGGUUAGUGCCCGGCUGCCGGAAGGUGUCGCUGCCGAACCUUCUAGAAGAAACCACGGAUUAUAUUGCGGCUUUGGAAAUGCAAGUCAGAGCUAUGACUUUCCUCACGGCCCUACUUAAUGGCGGUGCCGCCGCCGACCAGAAUGUUAGUCCGUCUUAGUUGUUUCUUUAUUUAUUUUUGGGGUUCAAUUUUGUUAAUAAUUAAGGUUUCAUAUAUUCAUGUAUUUUUUUUAAAUCUGUGUAAAUUGCCUGCCAUAUGCCAAUAUUACCCAAUCUGUUUAUUUUUGUUUCUUCA